UUAUGAACUUUUUUAAUGUAAUUUUAAAUAGAUCAUUUCAUAUUCAAUCAAUGUAAAUCAAACUCUAUCUUAGAAAAUAUACAAUACUGAUUUAAUAAAAUGGGUUCCUCCAAAUUGAUGAUUACAUUCAUCGUUGUUGCUAUGCUGGCUAUUUCUUCUGACCUAUUUUCUGUUGAAACAAGAAUCAGAGCGCAAGCUUCGCCUCCCACUUGUGGACGAGAUUGUACUGAGAAAUUCUUGACACAAGACUGCGAUAAAUAUUGUGUAGGUUUGUCUUAUAGAAAAGGUGUUUGCAUUCUAUCCGAAGGACUUCCCCCGAAAACUUCUACAUAUCGUUUUUGUUGUUCGUAAAUGAAAUAGAUAAUUCUUCAUCCGCUUUGAUGAAAUAGAUAAUUCUUUAACUAUAAUAAAGAGUUUUAUUUUUCAAUGGGAAGACCAUACCAUACAUAUAUGAAAUUCAAUUACGGACCACAUAACUCUUUUAAUGAUUAAUUUUAAUUAAUGCAUAAAAAUAUAUAUUAAAAU